AUGGUCUUCCUCUUCAUCCUCUUCUUCCUCCUCAUCCUCCGCUCACCCCAGCACGCAGCCCAGCAGGGCACGCUCAAGGAGCUGAUGAAGGCGAACAAGUUGAAGAACGAGGAUGUAGAGGAGCUGUUCUUCUCCGUCACCCCUGACCUCACCGCCUCUUUCGCUGCCUCUGCCGCUCGUCGGCGGCUGAACAUGACCAGCACCGUCCUCUGGGGAGGCCUCGAGGCUAACGUCGACGGAGCUCCUGCGAGGUGUAUCAGAGUCCUCGUUCAUGCUCGCUCGAGAAUGAAACAGGAGAACGUGGUCUUCAAGUACCUCAGAGGAGCCGCAGCGCUGAGGUCGACGGGCGGGGCUACGGGCCCAGAGGACCAGGGGAGGGGGCGAGGAGACGCCGGGACGUCAGCGUUGGAUGCUGUGCGACGAAGAGGAACGAUGCUCGUGGUAAGGGCUGAAGCUGCUGCUUCCUACCCGAUGGGUGAGCGCUGUCCUCCCUACGACCGCUCCUCGUGUCUUGGGUCGGAAUGGGGGGGAAGUGAUGUAGAGAUGGCACGAUUGCUCGCUAUGGACCUUGGUGUGCAGAUUGAGUUCGUGAAGACGUCAUGGGGUCAGUUGAUUCUCGACAUGGUCAAUCGCUCCGUCUUCGACAUCGCGGUGGGAGGCAUCACAGACACGCUCCUCCGGCGAAGAGAUGUCUUCUUCAGCGAGUCGUACGCGGUGACGGGCAAGACGACUCUGUGGGAGUGCAGUGGGAGGUGCGGAGGACGAGGACCGUUCGAGACGAUCUCGUCGUUGAACCAGCCGGGCGUGCGAGUUGCCGUGAACGCAGGAGGGACAAACGAGGCGUUUGUGCGCAAGAAUGUGGCAGGGUCGAGCAUCGUGGUGGUAGGGCAAGGGGAACAGCCGCAGGCGCUGCUUUCAUGCAAGGCCGAUGUGGUUGUGACAGACGCGAUCGAGGCAGAUAUGAUGGCGAUGAAACAUCCAGAGCUCUGUGCUGGGAACAAGACCUUCACCCGAGAGGGCAAGGCGAUCAUGUACGCGCUGCCACGUGGAGACUCGUCGCUGAAGGAGUACGUGGACUUUUGGCUGCGAGAGAACGCGGGGAGGAUGGAAGCGAGUUUCCACAAGUGGAUGAACCUGACAGUGAGCGGGUGA